AUGAGCACCUUGGGCGCCAAGAAGGCUGUGGCUGCCGCAAAAGCGAAGGCCAAGCGGGUUCACAGUCAAGAGGAGGACCAGGAUGCAGAGGCUCAAGCUGCACAGCUCGCCCAGCUCGAAGCAUUUGGCAACGCCUUCCUUUCGUCUUUCGAUCUGCCCGAGUCCAGCACGUCAACAGCAGGUGGCGACGAUGAAGCAUCUUCAAGCAAGAAGAAGCUUUCAAGCAAGAAGCGCAAGCGUCUCGCGGAGCAGCAAAGUGGUCCCUCCGAAAUCGAACAGGCACCAGCCAGAGAGCAAGAUGAGAUGGAUGUCCUCUUUGGGUCCACAGAUUCGACGGGGGCAGCCUCAGCAGAGUCGGCAAGCGCUACAGCCGUCUCGAAGCAGAGCAACGGCAAGAAGAAGCUCCCGAAUUCAAGAGCAGUCGAGACAGUCGUCUUCGGCGGCGAAUCACGUCCCGACGCUGACGAGCUAAAAGACGCCAAGAAGGGCUGGAAAGCCUUCAUGUCGUCCAAGAUCGACAAGAUUGGCACUGAAGACCAGACUGCAUCAACAAAGCCGACAACAGCGGAAGAGGAGGAGGAGAAGCAGCUCGUAGCGAACGAUCGGCUGCUGUCCGAGCUCCUUUCUACGACGCUUUUUGCCCCAGGCACGGGCAACACAUCAAAGGGCAAAUCGAAUCUUUCCUCGAACGACACGAUCGCACGCAUCAUGGAGCUCUCUGCUACCGACUCACAACGCAAAGGCCAAGCAGUCGGACGCGGAUGGGGAGAGAGCGAGCUGAAACGACAGCAGCUCUCAAAGGCACCCGCUGCGAUUCGACAAGGCAUGCGAAAGGCAGCGGGCGAGAGGAGAGACAAGGAGCGGGAGAAGGCAAAGGAGCUGGGCACCUGGCAUCCUUCGCUCAAGCAAGGCUACUCGAGCCAGGCGACAGCGACCGAGAUGGGCCUCAAGAAGGAGACGAGGAAACGACAGCGUGGAUUGGGAAUGGGGAUCGGCAAGUUCCAGGGCGGCAUGCUCAAGCUCUCGUCGCAGGAGAUAUCGAAAGUCAACGGCAAGAAGUCUGGUGGAUCGUCUUCUAAGGGUGGCAAGGGUCGGCGGAAGUAG